UUUUUUUUUUUUUUUUGCCCCGCAUAUUUUUUGGUGCCGCAUAUUUUUACCGAUAUCCGUUCAGUAACGGCGUGUAGUGUUCUGGUUCCCGCGCAUUAUUCGGUACCGUGUAUGGACAAUAGUGGCGCCGGGUAAAUCUCGAUUGUGUACACUUCCGAUACAAUUUUGCGAUGGCAAAACGAAAGUUAGAAGAAGACGAGUAUUUUAUCAUCUCGUCAACAGUUAUAGUUACGUACAAUACUGGAUCAAGUUUAAGUUUGUUAAAGAACCAUCUUCACGAGUACGGUUCAGACUGGACAUGGGCUGAGAUUUGUAACGACCUGUUGAAUGACGCAGAGAAUUUUUACCCGAAAAAAUCUGACAUUCUUACCGUACAUUUGAGCAACAGCCUAAAUGCUAACGAAGUUUUUAAACCAGAUGUCAAUGAAACACUAAGGGUAGUCAAAGAAUUUGAUAAAACAUUGAAAUUUGUGACAUUCAAAAUUACUAGGGACGAUGAUGGGAAUAACAACUCCGAGGCUGAGAACAACAAUAAAUCCAUAAAGUCAGCUUUUGACAUGAUGAUGCAGUCGUCAAGCGUUAAAAGACCUGCAAUGUUGAGAACGGACACUGGCAAAUUUACAGCCAAGGAUCAACUUUUCAAUGAUCUGGUGAAGGAAAUGAAUGAAUGUGGAGAUCAUUUUCCCCAAACAUUGUCCGAUUCAGCUGUAUCAAAACAGGUUAUGGUGGUUGUGAAUGCUGUAUGGUAUGUUAGCGGUAACAUGAAAACUAUAGACGACAGGGCAGAUUGCUGUUUAGAUGUAAAACACAUUCCAGCCAGGUACUUGCCUUAUGAUGGUGCUAAUGACUACAAGAAGAAAAAACAUAAAAAGCCAACUCUUUCUUCAAAGGAGCUUCUGGUGCAGAGUCAGUGCCUCUUUAGCUUAGCUUCACAAUCUAUGUCACAGAACUGGACAACAAGAGGUGACUUGGAAAUGCUAGCUGUGAGUUUUGAGUCUUAUGCUAGGUAUCUUGAAAAGUCUAAUGAAAGACAGAAACACAGACAGUCAAAGUUAACUCCACCAAGGCAGUUGGAUGUUAAUGUUUCAGUACUACAUAAUGUUAAAGCUGACAUUAUACCUGAUAAAUACAAACAGUUAGACAUGGCUAUAAAUGAGUUAGACUUAUUUCAGCCACUCUUUUUUGAUGAAAAUAUACAUGUUGCUGGUAGGUUCAAGUUUGUUAAUCGUGAUCAGCGUUUCAAGUACUUUUCUAACUUAGCUCUUUCUGUUGACACCCAUUGUCUCAGAUACGACCCUGGGGCAGGUUUAGGAUGUUUAAGUGUUCUUUGGAAAAUUCCUUUGAAUGAAUCAUCAGAAGUAAUUUUCAAGAGAGACACUGAAAUUUAUGAAAACAUGAAGCUCAAGUUCCCAGAGUAUCAUACAAGAGCUAUGAGAAAGGAGUUUUCUGAACAGUAUGGAAAUAUCUCAGGAACAAACAUUCCUCCCCAUGUAUUGCGAUCAAUUUACUCUACAUUAACAAAUGAUGCAUCCUCAGACCAGAAUCCUGAAAUAGAUCAACGUGUACGUUUGGCUAUAUUGGGAUCUGAACCUGAUCUUGUUGUUGAUCUUAGGCAUUUGAACAAAGGGCGUCCAUCAGAUACGUUUGACAUUUUUUUUGAACACUUGGAAAAUGAAAUUCAGGACUGCAUUGCUGCUGAUGAGAGAAGACGUAACAUUGAGCAUGUCUCAAAAUACUUAUCUGUUAGAGAUCUCAUUCAACAAGUUUCACAAAAGCUUCCACAAGGUACUCCUAUACCCAGUGAGUCAACUGUCUUACUUGCAUUUGUGCCAAAAAACUCUCACACAAAUGUUUCAAAAUUGUACAAAGGAAGAAUUCCAGUAAGAAUGAAAGUACAGACCAGGCAGUUAAGGGCAAGUCACCAAGAUGACCAUUUCUGUGCAGCAUUGUUCAAGUAUGCACGAAACUAUGCUGUUAACAAUAGAAGUGACUGCACAUUUGUUUGUAUGGAUGAUAAGGCCAAAGUUGAUUUUGGUGAACCAGGAAUGUUUUCUUCAUCUGGUGUAAGAGGCAAGAAAUCAAUAGUGCCAAUGAAUUCUCAGCUAAGUUGUCUCGACCAUGAUGUACAGUGCAAGGGUUCUCUUACACCAUCUGUAAUUCUCGAUGUAGAUAUACCAGAAAGUUUGUCAGAUUCAUUCUAUCAAGGACAGGUAUCGCUCACUAUGAAGGAUAGUGUUUUCCAACCUAGUACACCUUUUAGGCAUAUAACUGAGCUACAACAUGUACUUGAAAACAAAGGAGAAAAAACACCAGUCCUAUUUAUGUAUACAGAUGGUGGUCCUGACCACCGGGUGACUUAUCAUUCUGUGAAACUUUCCUUGAUAGUACUCUUCAAAAGAUUAGGCUUGGAGUUGCUUGUAGCUUUGAGAACAGCCCCAGGUCACUCUUGGGCUAAUCCAGCAGAGAGAAUCAUGUCCAUGCUGAAUAUUGCAUUUCAGAAUACAGCUUUAGCUCGAGAAGAAUCAGACACUGAUACCGAGCAUGCAUUAAAGGCUUGUGGAUCAAUGAAUGAAAUUAGGAAAAAGGCAGAAAGGGUGCAAGGUCUGAAAAAUAAGUGGAUAACAUCAGUACAGCCAGUUGUUAAUUUACUAGGGGAUCGAGCAAAGCGGAUGAUUCUUAAACAGAAACCAUUCCAUGUUCACACCGCAGCAACAGAUGAUCUUGUUGAGAUGGCUGAAGCGGAAGUAAAUCUUAUUGACCCAGUUAUCAAUAUUGGACAGUACCAACAACAGAAGUUGAAACAGGCUAAAACAUAUAAAGAAUUUCUAGAGAAGCACUGCUUAGAAAGACACUACUGUUUUCAAGUUCGCAGAUGCCAAGAUGAAGCCUGUUGCAACCCUCCAGCAACUAAACUGUGGCAAUGGUUACCUGAUCCUGUUCUUGACCAAGAUGCUCAACAUUACAAACCACUUGAAUCUGUGUUGGGUUUUGAAACAAGAGAUGAUGAUCGUCCUUCCAGUAAGAAACAGACCAUCUCUGCUGUGGCUGAAGAACAGCAGGGCUGUAAGAAUAGUCUUCUAGUGGCUCAAAAUGUAAGGAUAUGUGUUCCAUGCACUGAAUGCGAUAAACCAAGGUUUAUUUACUCCAAGAAUAAAUUGACAGCCAGGGAAACACGAUCUCUAAAACACAACCUUGAGAAAUUUGAUUACAGCUGCGGUUCAGUCAUUACAGUUGAUGGAGAUACACUGCAAGGGAGAGUGUUUGUACGACUGCAGAUGUCAUGCCAAUCUCACGUGGAGUUCCCUUACUAUGCCUCCAACAUUGGAAGACCAGAUAUUUGUGCCCACUGUGCUGAGCCAGAAGCACAGAGAAAUCCAGAACUGUUAAAAAAGUUUAGGAUUGUACUUCCAGUUUGUGAGCAAUGCAUCACUGUUCACAAGAAAGACAUUCCUCAUAGAUGUCCUAUAAAAAAAUGAAUACUCAGUGUGAACCUAAAAUGUUGGUGUAUUUACACAAUUAGGACUGUUUACUUAUCUUAAGUUUCAUAGCAGUGUUCGAAGUUUUAGUUUCUGGUUGUGUUACAUACUCAGCAUUAAGUGAAGAUAAAGCUGAAGCAGACUUUAAACUGUUGAUGUUGAUGCCUUUUGUUGAUUAUUCGUUAAUUUUGCAUAGUAUAUGUUCUGGUGUUCUAGUCAUCCUCGUAUAUUUGAAUGUUCUAGUCAUCCUCUCACAUGUUGAGUAAAUGUUUAAAUUUGCUUUUGUUACAUGUAUUUUUGUUAAAAGAACUAUACUUCUUGUAUUGACUAAAUGGAAGAUAUAUAUGAAACUGAAAUAAAAAGUAAAAUGUAUCUAUUUUAAAACAUUUAUUUGCAUUUUAUCAAAUAGUCUUCUCACAGACAAAAUUUAACCAAAAACAUUUUAAUAUGUAUUUAAAAAAAAAAAAAAAAAAAUCCCUACCUACCUACCCAACU